AUGUCACAGGACGGCGCCUUCGACAUCUGGCCAACAGUCUCCAAUCUUUCCGUCGCUCUGCACAGCCAGGACCACACUUCCCUCGCCAUUCAGAGGACUUCCGUCCCAGACGACAAAGUCGCCAAGGACAGUGGUCUCGGCCAGUACGUCCCCAGACCCUUCUGGCGCUCGAAGAUUGCCGUUCAGCCCGAGUAUCUCGUCAAACUUGAUGGCCUCUUUGUCCGUCAGCCCAGCGAAUUUUGCGACCCAAUGCGCCUCCUGGGCCAAGCCAUGGACUUUGGAGUCGCCUCUGACCGCAAGAGCGACAAGAACACCAGCAUCAAUAAGGAAUUGGGCAGGACUUGGUGA